GAGAAAGGAAGUGGAGAGAAAGGGGGUUGCCGGCGGCGGUACGGUCAGUUGUUAAUUGAUCCUCUUAACUGUCAAUUAGUGUGCGGUGUUUUGUUGCUCUGUUUCACGAUGGACGAAUGUCUAGCCAAUGAAACACAAAAGCAGGCUGGAGAAAAUGAAGUUAGGGAAGGAGGAGAAUCUGGAGCUGAUAAUGUAGAAAUCAAUUCGACGGAAAAUGAUAUAUCGAACAAAAGGAUGAAGGAGAUGGAAAUGGAUAGGCUCAGUGCCUUGCCGGAUUGCUUGCUCAUUCACAUCCUCUCUUUUCUGGGUUUGAAGAAAGCUGCAAUUACGAGUCUUCUCGGGAAAAGAUGGAAAUUCCUUUGGACCGAAUUGCCCACCCUUGAAUUCUCUCUCUGGGAGGAGUGGGAGAGCCGCGAUAAGAUUACUCAGGCAAGACGUGAAUUUGUGGCUAGGGUUCAUAAGACCCUUGCUACUCGCCAUGGGAAGUCUCUGGAGAAGUUGGACGUUCAAUUCAGGUAUAACAAAUGCUUUGCUUCCGAUGUUGAUAGCUGGCUUGGGGCUGCCUUGAAACUUAAGGUGAAACAUGUCUCUUUGGCCCUAAUGUUUUCGAAACAAUCCUACCCUCUUCAUGAAAUGAUCUACACAUAUUCGUCCUUGACAUCACUAUCGUUGCUCGGCUGCAUUUUUGAACCUGAAAGAGCAACCAAGUGGCCAUCAUUGACUUCCUUAGAUAUUUCUGAUGUUUAUCUACCUCAGCUUGUGGUUGACAAUAUAUUAUCCGGGUGUCCUGUUUUGAAGAGCUUGUAUUUGAGUGAAUGUUGGGGAUUCACUUGUUUCGAGAUCCAUUCUCAAAACCUUGGUGAACUCUCUGUUCAGGAAUUCUUUAAAGAAAAAACUGAUGAUGAGUCCCUUAAAAUCUCAGCGCCACAUCUUAAAUCUUUGGAUAUGUCGUUCUAUACUUUAGACUCAAACUUGAAGAUGUCUAACAUCUCAUCUCUUGUGAGUGCUAGUUUUUCCUUGAAUGACGAUUGGAAUUUAGGCUCUCAAGACGUGCUGAGUAAUAUAAAGGAAAUUUUUGAAAGCACUCAACAUGUGACGGAGCUUGAACUGGGAUGUGAUAUCAUUAAGGCUCUUGCAGCAGUGUUGUUGCUGGGUCAUUGGCAGCUUCCGAAAUCUAUGCGAAGGUGUUUGAAAAUAAACAGGUUUAUCCAUGAUGAAGAAAACAUUUCUGCCAUUUUAGGCCUUCUGGAAUCUUCUCCCAACCUUGAGACAUUGGUCAUAGAACGUUAUGACCCCGAAGAAAUUGCCGAAGAGGACUGGGUCCUACCUGGAAGGAGAGAUAUGGGCUGUGACUUGUUGCAAUUGAAGAUGGUUAAAUUGUAUAGCAUGGCAGAUCCAAAACUAGGGGGCGAGCCAUUGCUAACACUGGCCCGAAACCUUCUUAAGAGGGCACCCGCCUUGGAAGAGAUGGUGAUUGGGGUUCGCGUUGAAAACGUGAGUGAUUUUAUCAAGAUAGGUCAGACCUUGCUCUCUUAUCCCAGAGCCUCACCAAGUGCAGUCAUCUCCUUCUUAUCUUAGAUUAUAAAUUAUACUCCCUAUUAUUUAUAUCGUAUUUCUAGUGUGGCAUUUAGACUUGAGAUCAUAGCAUGUCCGAUUGGCGAGACAGCUCCCAAUUUCCGGCGAUGCAAGCGACGAGCAACGUUGAAGACGGCAAGUCGAUUGCACUGACCCGGCGAAGAGAGACACGAAGAAGACAACGAACAGAACCAAAUUCCAGUUCUAAUUUUGGGCCUGAAAUGUCAAAAUUACCCCUGAAAAGAAAAUUCUCCAUCCAUUGUUAUGUUUUUCACAACAAUUCAGAGGGAUUCUCUCAUCGAUUCAGCCAUUCAGCCUAUGUAAUUUUUAAAAAAUUACUUUUAUAUACGUCUUGUACGUAGUAUUUUAUUAAAUAAUUUCAUGCCCAAAUUGUCCCCAAUAUUACCUCAACACCCAUGCCACAAUACUCCUCAAUAACCACCUCCUUUUUGUCUCUAACCCCUGCCCAAACAAACCCCAAACCCCUCUCAAUACCCCUGCCUCCAAACUCUUCCAAAACCAUGCCCCUCAUCCCUCCACAAACUGCCCUAACCAUCCCUACGCCUACCCCUACACCCCCACUUGAAAAACCAUCUAAAACCAUGCAUUUACCCCUCCUAACCACUGCCCAUCACACCCCCAACUUGGGUCCAACAUCCCCACCCCAAUCCAUUCCCAAAGUCAUGUCUUUAAGCCUACCACAAACCCCCAAAAGUACCCUUGAAGAGUCAUCUUUCUUCAUAGUUCAAACCCCCACCUUUGCUCCCCAUUUUUUUAAGUCCGAAAUACCUUCUUCUCAAGCUACCGAAACCAUGCAGCCCACUACCCCAAAGAUCAUUUGGGAUGAAUACGAUGACGAGGACUAUAAUCCCAUUUGGGAUGAAGAACUUGUCGAAGAGAAUGAAGAAGUGUUUGAAGA